UCGCUGCAUCAAGUCCCACUCCAAUCCACUAUCCGGGUUUUAUUUACGCGUAAAGUACCAGUGCACUAUUUUGACGCCAUAUUAAGUGCACUAGUACGCGGAUUGACACUCGGCUUCCUAACUGCCUUUCAAUCUACACUAGAAACGGGCAGGUGUUGCAUGAAAAGAACCACGCAAAAAUGGAUCCAAACAAACCGCCGUUUAUCCCUGGACUCCCUGGUGUUCCACAUGUCCCACUGGCACGUGGUCGAGGUUUACCCACAGACGAACUCUUGUCUGGACGAGCCAGAGGUCUGGGUGUGACGGCCCUCGGCCGAGCUCGAGGUUUAUCCGUAGCUUCAGAAGAACCCUUGGCAGGUCGAGCUCGAAGCCUGGAGCUGAUUGCAGACGAGCCCUCGGUCGGACGCGGCAGGGGUUUAUCUUUGAUAGCACACGAGCCUUCCGUAGGUCGCGCUCGAGGUCCUGCUGCAGCUCCUGCUGCAGCUCCUGCUGCAGCUCCUGCUGCAGCUCCUGCUGAACCAGUUAGAGGGAGAGGUAGAGGUGUAACGUCCUUCGCUUUACACCCCCUGGUGUUUCCUUACGGCCGGGGAAGCCCGGGGUUAGCCCUUGACCAGCCUGAGAUCAUCGUGCAGGAAACGGUGAAGGAGGCCGUCGGUGGAGGGUUCGGCAGAGCCAGAGAGCUUCUUGAUAUAUCUCGGGAACCUGCGGUGGGAAAAGGAAGGAGCAUGUCAAUAGUUGUGAAGGAGCCUGAGCCUCCAGGUACAAUUGAACGUAAGGAUGUGAUUCCCUGCUUGCAGGAGGAAGAGCCUCCCAAAGUUCAGGCUGAUGUUCCAGGCCCAGGUUCUUCCCUGCUGUCCAUGUUCAGAGGAAUGGGCAUUGAACCAGCCAAAACCUGGGGCAGAGGAGGAGCUUGGGGACGAGGUGCACUCACCGAGUACAAAGAUGACGCUCAGUCCCUUGCGCCUCCUGUUGUAUCUGCAGCUUUAGAAGCAGAAGAUGCGCAAUACAGUAGCAGUGUUGCAGGGAGAGGACUGAUCGGAGUCGGAAAAGCUGCCGGUUUCCCAUUGGGUCGAGGCUCCGGAGCCCCGCUUUCACCCCUGAGCCAGAAAAAUCUUCCCGUGACCCCGGAAACCUGCCCUCCGAAAACCGAGCUGAAGAUGGAAGCGGCAGGCGAGAUGUUAAAGAAAGUCGGAUCUAAGGGAAAUCCGGUCUCCAUCGCCUCCAACUACAUCCCCAUCCAGUGCCAUAACGAAGCAGUGUUUCAGUAUCACGUCACGUUCACGCCAAACGUGGAGUCUGUCGGCAUGCGCUACGGGAUGAUGAAAGACCAUCGUUCGACUACAGGAGACGUUGUGGCUUUUGACGGAUCCAUCCUGUAUCUGCCCAAGCGCCUAGAGGAUGUCGUUCAUCUGAAAGCGGAGAGACGAACGGACAAUCUGGAAAUCGAUAUAAAAGUCCAGAUGACUAAGAUCCUGCCUCCACACUCCGAUCUGUGCAUCCCUUUCUACAACGUCGUCCUGCGCAGGGUGAUGAAGAUUUUGGGCCUAAAUCUGAUCGGCAGGAAUCAUUAUGAUCCCAAAAGUGCAGUUGUUCUCAGCAAACACAGGUUGCAGGUGUGGCCAGGUUACUCCACCUCUAUAAAACACACAGAUGGAGGUUUGUACCUCUCCGCGGACAUUUCACACAAAGUGCUGAGAAACGAUUCAGUCCUGGACGUCAUGAACGCGAUCUACCAACAGAGUCGAGAAAGCUUCAAGGACCAGUGCACCAAAGAGUUGAUCGGCUCCAUUGUCAUCACCCGCUACAACAACCGAAUGUACCGCAUCGACGACAUCGAGUGGUCCAAAUCGCCCAAAGACUCCUUCACCAUGGCGGAUGGCUCAGAGACCACCUUCAUAGAAUAUUACAGAAAAAACUACGGCAUCAGCGUGAAAGAAGUGGAUCAGCCCCUGUUGGUCCAUCGUCCGAAGGAGAGGUCCAAACCCGGGGGAAAGCAGGUGAUCACAGGGGAGAUCCUGUUGAUGCCUGAGCUCUCCUUCAUGACCGGCAUCCCAGAGAAGAUGAGGAAGGACUUCAAAUCGAUGAGGGAUCUGACGACGCACAUUAACGUGAGCGCGGAGCAGCACACACACUCGCUAAAGCAGCUUCUACACAACAUCAGCACCAAUCAGGAGGCUGUGAGUGAACUGUCACGCUGGGGCCUCGAGAUCAGCGCCGAUAUACUGGUGACUCAGGGAAGAACUUUGCCCCUGGAGACCAUUUGUCUGCAGUCUGCCACUUUCGUCACGUCCCCGACUGUGGAUUGGUCGAGAGAGGUGGUCAGAGACCCGUCCAUCAGCUGUAUCCCUCUGUACUGCUGGGCCGUGUUUUACCCUCGUAGGGCUGCGGAUCAGGCGGAGGAGCUGGUGGCCAUGUUCGGGAAGGUAGCCGGGCCGAUGGGGCUCAGGCUGGACCGCCCGAUCCGUGUCGAACUCCGUGACGAUCGCACCGAGACCUACAUACGGAGCAUCCACUCCCAGCUGAGCAGCGAGCCCAACAUGCAGCUAGUGGUCUACAUCAUGACGGGAAACCGAGACGACCUUUACAGCGCCGUGAAGAAGCUCUGCUGCGUCCAGAGCCCCUGUCCCUCACAAGCGAUCAACGUCCGGACGAUCUCGCAGCCGCAGAAACUUCGCAGCAUUGCGCAGAAGAUCCUCCUUCAGAUCAACUGCAAGCUGGGAGGAGAACUUUGGACCGUCAACGUUCCUUUGAAACACUUAAUGGUGAUCGGCGUGGAUGUCCAUCAUGACGCCAGUAAGAAAACUCGAUCUGUGAUGGGAUUCGUGGCGAGUCUUAACAGCCUGAUGACAAAGUGGUACUCCAGAGUCACGUUCCAGAUGCCCAACGAGGAGAUCAUUAACGGCUUCCGAGUAUGUCUCCUGGCCGCCCUGCAGAAAUACUACGAGGUGAACCACAGCUUCCCAGAGAAGAUCGUGAUCUACCGCGAUGGCGUUUCAGACGGUCAGCUGAAGGCCGUGAAACUUUACGAGAUCCCGCAGAUCCUCAAAUGCUUCGAGACGUUUCCCAACUACGAGCCGAAGCUGGCUUUCAUCGUGGUGCAGAAGAGGAUCAACACAACCCUGUUCGCAUACGGAGAAGACCGAUUCAGCACUCCUCCGCCAGGAACCGUCCUCGAUCACACUGUCACACGCAGAGAGUGGGUGGAUUUCUACCUCAUGGCUCACUCGAUUCGUCAAGGCUGUGCUUUCCCAACACACUACAUUUCCAUUUACAACACAGCGAAUCUUACGCCGGACCACCUCCAGAGGUUGACCUUUAAGAUGUGCCACUUGUACUGGAAUUGGCCCGGGACGAUCCGAGUGCCAGCCCCGUGCAAGUACGCGCACAAACUGGCCUACCUGUCGGCGCAAUUCCUCCAUUCAGAACCCGCCAUCCAGCUCUGUGAUAAAUUAUAUUUUCUUUAAAAACUAUGAUUCUUUUUUUUCCCCUCAGUUUUACAAAGUUCAAAGUUUGUUCAAGUUUUACAAGCUGUAGAAAAAAUUUAUGUUCACGUUCCCCUUGAAGUUGUGGAACAUGUUGCUAAAUAAAACCAUUUUCCACCCA